CAAAAUGCUGCAAAAGCAUUAAGAUGGUAUGUAUACAUACAUAUUGAUAUAACAGUGGUCCCAUAUAUCAUUUUAAAUCAUCAUAAAGAGUAUCCAUCUUCUUUCAUAUUAACAUCCCCUUCAAAGUUAUAAGAUUUUUCUCUCUUCAUUAGAGAGAGAGAGAGAGAGAAUUAACACAAGUUUUAAUCUCCGGGAAAGAUGGAUGAAUCAAGUAUUUUUACGGCAGAGAAAGUGAUCGGAGCUGAGAAAAGAGAGCUUCAAGGGCUGCUUAAGGCGGCGGUGCAAUCUGUGGAGUGGACUUAUAGUCUCUUCUGGCAACUUUGUCCUCAACAAAGGGUUUUGCUGUGGGAGAAUGGAUACUACAACGGUGCAAUAAAGACGAGGAAGACAACUCAGCCGGCGGAAGUGACGGCGGAAGAGGCUGCGUUAGAGAGGAGUCAGCAGCUAAGGGAACUUUACGAGGCCCUUUUGGCCGGAGAGUCCUCAUCGGAAGCUAGGGCAUGCACGGCAUUAUCGCCGGAGGAUCUGACGGAGACUGAAUGGUUUUAUCUAAUGUGUGUCUCUUUCUCUUUCCCUCCUCCUUCCGGGAUGCCAGGAAAGGCGUAUGCGAGGAGGAAACACGUAUGGCUAUGUGGUGCAAAUGAGGUUGACAGUAAAAUCUUUUCUAGGGCUAUUCUCGCAAAGACAGUGGUUUGCAUUCCCAUGCUUGAUGGCGUUGUGGAACUAGGCACAACGAACAAGGUAAAAGAAGAUAUAGCGUUUGUUGAGCUCAUAAAGAGUUUUUUCCAUAACCACCCCAAGUCAAACCCAAAAGCUGCUCUUUCUGAACACUCCAUCAACGAAGAGCACGAAGAAGACGAAGAACAAGAAGAAGAAGAAGAAGAAGAAGUAGAAGAAGAAAUGACAAUGUCAGAGGAGAUAAGGCUUGGCUCUCCUGAUGAUGAUGACGUCUCCAAUCAAAACCUACUCUCUGAUUUCCAUGUAGAAUCAACCCACACUUUAGACACACACAUGGACAUGAUGAAUCUAAUGGAGGAGGGUGGAAACUAUUCUCAGACAGUAUCAACACUUCUUAUGUCACAACCCACGAGUCUUUUUUCAGAUUCAGUUUCCACAUCUUCUUACAUCCAAUCAUCAUUUGCCACAUGGAAGGCUGAUAAUUUUAAAGAGCAUCAGCGAGUGGAAACUAAAUCGACGUCGUCGUCGCAAUGGAUGCUCAAACACAUAAUCUUGAGAGUUCCUUUACUCCACGACCACACUAAAGAAAAGAGGCUGCCUCGAGAAGAGCUUAAUCACGUGGUGGCAGAGCGCCGCAGGAGAGAGAAGCUGAAUGAGAGAUUCAUAACACUGAGAUCAUUGGUUCCCUUUGUGACCAAGAUGGAUAAAGUCUCAAUUCUUGGAGACACCAUCAACUACGUAAACCAUCUUCGAAAUAGGGUCCAAGAGCUGGAGACUAAUCAUCACGAACAAAAACAUAAGCGGAUGCGUAGCUGUAAGGGAAAAACGUGGGAAGAGGUCGUUGAGGUUUCCAUCAUAGAGAGUGAUGUUUUGUUAGAGAUGAGAUGCGAGUACCGAGAUGGUCUAUUGCUCGACAUCCUUCAGGUUCUUAAGGAACAUGGUAUAGAGACUACUGCAGUUCAUACCGCGGUGAACGAGCGUGAUUUCGAGGCCGAGAUAAGGGCUAUGGUGAGAGGGAAGAAACCAAGCAUUGCUGAGGUCAAAAGAGCCAUCCAUCAAACUAUAUCCAAUAUUAAACUAUAGUUUAAGACUCUAACAAUAUUGAUGCCAACUCUAGAAAAGGACAACUGAACUUAUUUUGUUUUAAGCCUUGGCUAUAUUACAUUAUCAGUUUUACACUUCUACGUAUACACAACUUUAAUUUUUCUAUAUUACUACAUGCAUACUAGAUGUUAGAAAUAUCUUAUAUAAGCAUACAUAUUAAA